CUCCUCUCCCUCUCGUCCUCCUCCUCCCCUCUCCGCCCUUCCAGCCGCACGGGGAGCGGGUGCCGGGGCCGGAGUGCGGAGCUUCCCGCGCAACCUCCGCCGCCCGAAGCGCGGAGGCGGGGAGAGCCCUGCAUCCCCUUCCCUCCCCCCACCCCCAUCCACCCCCGCGGGGCGAGGAAAAGCCGCUCAGUAAUCCGCUUGGGAGAGAGCGGGACUCCCGGCCGUGCUCCGCGCCCGCGGAGAUGGUUCCUGCUGCGCCCUGUGGUCGCCGGCGCCGGCGGGUGCUGCCAGGUGCCAGGCACUGAAGGUGGGCACCGAUCCUGCUGCCAGCUAUCCCAUUAUAUGGAGCCGUGGGCCAGGGCCAGCUCUGCUCCCCUUCUGCCUCCCAGCGAUGCUGCUGGUCCUGGUGUGGAGAGACCCUCGGCAGCCCCGCAGAGCCUGAGUGCCGAGGUGGCAGCGGCAGCGGCCCCCCUGUGCGCCCCGGCUGACUACUAUGGCCGUGUACUGCUAUGCGGUCAAUAGCUUGGUGAUGAUGAAUAGCAACAGUGAGGUGACAAGCGGUGGGAGCAAGACGCCGCCUCCCCCCAGACAAGCGCUGCCCAGGGGCCCGGAGACCGCGGGCAGCUGCCGCUCGCUGCCCGUCCUCAGCCUCAGCUCGGCCCCCGCGCCGCCCCGCGCCCCGCGCCGCGGCCCCGCUGCCCUCCUCCCGCCGCUGGAGCAGCCCCCGCGGCAGCCAGGCAGCCCUGGGGGGCGGCGAGGCAGCCGCGGCGAAGAGGGGCAGCCGGGACCCGCCGCAGCGCGGCAGCUUCAGCGGGAGCUGCACAACGUCCAGGUGAACCAGAAAGUGGGGCUCUUCGAGGCACACAUCCAGGCGCACAGCUCUACUGCCCAGCCGCCACGGAGCCCCCGGCCGGCCCGGCCCCGGCCCGCCAGCCCCACAGUGCAGGCGGUGGCGCUUGAAACCGGACUCCAGCCGCAAGCCCGCAGGGAGAGUGAGGCCCCCAGUGCUGGUGGAGUGCAGAUCUGUCCCGACACUGAAGACCUGUCGAGGAGGCCAGUGGUGAAGGUGGUUCCCGCUGUGGGGGCUGUGCAGGACAGCACUCACCAGGAGCCGUCGGAGCCUGCGCCACAGCGAGGUGAGGUGAUGGUGGCCCCCACAGAACUUGAGAGGCAGCACCCAGCCAUUGGUGGGAGCAUCCCUGCCGUUAUUGUCACGGACCUGGGGGGCCCGGAGGAGGAGGCGGGCGCCGUGCCCCCCGGCAGCCUGCCCGUCCGGAAGCUGUCAUCGUCCUCAGCCUCCUCCACUGGCUUCUCCUCAUCCUGGGAGGAGUCCGAGGAGGACAUCUCCAGCGACCCCGAGCGCACCUUGGACCAGGCGCCAGCCUUCCUGCAGACCCUGGACCAGCAGAAGCCCCGAGUGAGCAAGUCAUGGAGGAAGAUCAAGAAUAUGGUGCACUGGUCCCCGUUUGUGAUGUCUUUCAAGAAGAAGUACCCCUGGAUCCAGCUCGCAGGACACGCAGGUAGUUUCAGGGCAGCGGCCAACGGCAGGAUACUGAAGAAGCACUGUGAGUCGGAGCAGCGCUGCCUCGACCGCCUGAUGAGUGACGUCCUGAAGCCCUACGUGCCUGCCUACCACGGCGACGUCGUGAAGGAUGGGGAGCGAUACAACCAGAUGGAAGAUCUUCUGGCUGACUUUGACUCCCCCUGUGUUAUGGACUGCAAAAUGGGCGUCAGGACAUACUUGGAGGAGGAGCUGAUAAAGGCCCGGAAGAAGCCGAGCCUGAGGAAGGACAUGUACCAGAAGAUGAUCGAGGUGGACCCCGACGCCCCCACCGAGGAGGAGAAUGUGCUGCGGGCAGUAACCAAGCCCCGCUACAUGCAGUGGAGGGAGACCAUCAGCUCGACAGCCACGCUGGGCUUCAGGAUCGAGGGGAUAAAGAAAGAGGAUGGCACUGUGAACCGGGACUUCAAGAAGACACGGACAAAGGAGCAAGUCAUGGAGGCCUUCAGGGAGUUCACCAGGGGAAACCGCAACGUGUUGAACAGUUACCUGAACCGGUUGAAGGGUAUCCGUGCCACCCUGGAGACCUCCCCCUUCUUCAAGUGCCACGAGGUAAUUGGGAGCUCCCUGCUCUUCAUUCAUGACAAGAAGGAACAGGCCAAAGUCUGGAUGAUUGACUUUGGGAAAACCACCCCGCUGCCAGAGGGGCAAGUUCUCCAGCACAACGUGCCCUGGGUGGAAGGGAACAGAGAGGAUGGCUACCUCUGGGGGCUGGACAACCUCAUUCAGAUCCUGACAGAGUUGUCUCAGAGCGAAGACUUGCAUUAAAGCCGCGUGUCCAACUCUGCCACUACCCUAACCCCGUCCCCGACUGACUCUUCUGAACUGCACUACAAGACACUUUCCAGCCCUCACCCUUCCCUUUUGAAAGCUAUACUCUCCCUAUUUAAUGUGUUUUUGUUGUGGUUGUUUUAGGUUGUCUUCUUUUGUUGAUGUUUUUCCCCUCCUCUCCAUGUAAAUAGAGAGCUAACAUGCCAGAACAAGCUGAACUUGAAACCUUGGCUUCACAGAGUCAGUGGGACUCUGCCAGCCGGGAGCAGCCCAGAGGGGUUGCUUAGGCAAGCUGUGUGCUUUGCCUAUCGUGCUUUUGUCUCUUGUGCAGCCUGAUUUUAAGAGGGCUGGUGGAGGAAGGAGCCUCUCCCAGUGCUGGAACUGGUAUCUGCAUCCCAAAACCACUCAGUGGGCUUGCCCCACAACUGUCUGGUGUGUGAGCAAGGUGUGGAGACAGUGAAAAAGCCCUUUGCUGGUCUCUGCUGUUCAGCCUAGGGAACUACCCGUGCCAGGUUUUUAAGAGAUGCUAGAAGGGCAGAUGUGGGUUUUUCUUUGUGUUCAAGACGUCCCAUGGAGGUUGUUCAGUAAUUGUCAGGUGGCACUGGAGGGUGAGGGUCUCCCUGCUGCUGUGGGACCCUGCGGUCAGGCUCUGCGGUAUGGCAGCAGGCAGGGCCAGGUGCUCCUGCCUGGCGUCCCCCGUGGUGGGUGCACUGGUGAGCUAGGUCACACUUGGAGCUCUUCUCUAAAGACCCAGUUUCUCCCUGCUAGAGGCUGCUGCUGGGCCUCCAGCUCUACAUGGGGAUUGAAGACCGGGCAGAGCUGGGGCAAAGAAACGUAGCUGACAAAGGGCUACUAUGAGACCUAAAGCAGCCACCCGGGGUGCUGAGUCUUUGUGGCAGCAGCCAAGCCCGU